GAGAGAGAGAGAGAAGAGCAGCAAGCAGCCACACUUUACACACCCUUUCCUUUUUCUUCCUUCUUUCUCUCUUUUCACUGUUUUUCUGCCUUGUCGAAUCCCCCAACACUCGCCAUUACCCCCACCUUGUGACUAUCACUAGCCACUACAGAGUCAAGAUGAGCCAUUGCAGGAAGAGAUGCAAGAGACAGCUGACUAAAGUGUUUCGCUUUUUCUACCGCUUCCUCACAGGGACACUCGAGAAAGACAGCGUAGAGGAUGACUUUGAGUUGUCCACUGUGUGCCAUCGACCAGAGGGGCUGGACAAACUACAGGAGCAGACCAAGUUCAACAAGAAGGAACUACAAGUUCUCUACAGGGGCUUCAAGAACGAGUGUCCGAGUGGAGUGGUGAAUGAGGAGUCCUUUAAAACCAUCUACUCCACAUUCUUCCCCCAGGGAGAUUCGGGUGCGUAUGCACAUUUCUUGUUUGAGGCCUUUGACACUAACAAGAAUGGAUCGGUUAGUUUCGAGGACUUUGUGUUUGGUCUGUCUAUCAUUCUGAGAGGAACGAUAAACGACCGGCUAAACUGGGCCUUCAACCUGUACGACCUGAACAAAGACGGCUGCAUCACCAAAGAGGAGAUGAUGGAUAUAAUGAAGUCUAUCUAUGAUAUGAUGGGGAAGUACACAUACCCCUGUAUGCAGGACGAGGCACCCAGGGAACAUGUGGAGAGCUUUUUCCAGAAAAUGGAUCGUAAUAAUGAUGGUGUGGUCACUAUUGAUGAGUUCAUCGAGUCAUGCCAAAAGGAUGAGAAUAUCAUGCAGUCCAUGCAGCUGUUCGACAACGUCAUCUAGGAGCCUCUGACAUAGGAAAGUGGCUGGAGGACAGGGGAGGUGUGUGUGUGUGAGUGUGCACCACAGGAGGUUGGUGGCACCUUAACUGGGCAGGAAUGGCUUGUGGUGAUGGUUGUAGAGAAAUAAGUGGAAUGGUAUCAAAUACAUCCAACACAUGGUUUCCAUGUGUUUGAUGCCAUUACUUUUGCUCCUAGCGGCCAUUAUUAUGAGCCGUCCUCCCCUCAGCAGCCUCCACUGGCAUGCGCGUGUAUUUGUAUGUGUGCGCAUGUGUGUGCGCAUGUGUGUGCGCGUGUGUGUAUGUGUGUGUGUGUGUGUGUGUGUGUGUGUGUGUAUUUCUUUAUGCCCUCACUCCAAGCCAAAAGGGGGUGCCUCCUCUUAUCCAGCCCUUCAUCUCUCCCAGAGACAUAGAGAAGAGAGGGGCUGGUGAUCCACACCCACAUCAAGGACCGGUUCAGGAGUGAGCAACGUUACAGAACAUUCAGAUAGAAAUGUGUUGUGUAGAACAAAUAUGAUUGCCUGUCCUGUGUAAUAGGGAGUCAAUCGGGUCAGCUCUAUUCGUUACGUCUAUAUGCAACUUUUGGAGUGCUUUGUCUGGUUGAAAACACCCCUGGUUCGUUAACUAUUGUAUUAUUUUAACACUCCUGUUUCUGACACAGCUGCUGUAGCAUGCUGCCUGGCCUCAAUGUAGGAUAAAGUCCCCCAUACUCACUGACCAAUUGUCAGUUUUGCAUGUCCCCGCCUAAUGGUUAAGGUUAGGGUCGGGGGUGGCUAAUCCUAGAUCUGUGGUUCGAGGCAACUUCUACCAGAGCAGCUGGACCCCUGACACUGCUGUCAUUAAAACUAAGGUAACUACCGCCACUUAGUGGACAAAAGGAGGAAAGGACACUUGGAAAAGAGACAAUGGAACUGAAGGGACUGAGGAUCUGAAGGAUGAGACUUCUUGCGAACAGAAGACAGAGACAGAGUUGUUUUUAAUAAGGGACUGAUUUGAAUAUCGCAAUAAUGAUGUCACUAAUAAUAACUUGUAAAUAUAUACUGAAAUACUCCAAAGCCUGUCUGCCUGUCUGCUGUUGCUAGAGUCAUCCACAGGUGCCUCGCUCCGUGUGUGUGUGUGCGCGUCCGUGUGCGUACUUGUCAUUCCUGUCUUUGGUAGGAAUCCAUUCCAAUUUCAACUCCAUAUGAGGCCUCCUUUGUACUAACACUAACGUAUGCUGACUGUUGUACCUCUUCCAAUUACCCUGCGGUCAAGAACUACUAGACAGUCUAAUGUGGGGCUGAAUUGAUGAACAUGCUACUUCGACCCUCUAGGCUUCAGUAUACUCCUCACCGUAUUUACAGGUGACUAGCUGAUGCAUGGGAAUAGGAGUUGAAACGGAAAUGUCUGGCUUAUCAAAUACUGUAAUGCGUCAUAUUAUGCCUAUCUUUCAUUAUACUGAUCAUGCAACUGAAACGGGAAGCAUUUCUGUUUAGAUCGACCAUGAAAGAGCAGCAACAUGUCGAGGACAAUUCUACCUGAUACAGUAUCCAAGUUAGGCUUCUUGUUUCAUGUCUACGUACACAAAGUCAGGCGUGGGUGUUGUAGUGUGUUUGUGUGUGCGUGAA